UUCUCGCUAGCAGCGUCGCCCUUCGACUCGAGCUCGUCGACCUCCAUCUUCUCGCCAUCACCGCCACCGUCAACACCGGCCUCGCUCUUUUCCUCCUCGUCCGGAGAGUAUUCAGCCUUGAUCCAGUUGAUGAAGUCUUUGAUCAUUUGAGGGCCUUCCUCGUACUGCUUGGUCUUGAUAUCCAAUUGGGCUGGUGUAGAUACCUCCUCAUUAUCAAGAAGCCGGAUCUGGUAUUCUGCGAGCCCGACGACAUCCCAAGCAGUAGAGAGUUUUUCGAGGAUGGCCUUGACGCCAGGAGCCUUCUUCUCGAUCGUCUUUUCAAUCUUGCCCCUCUGCGUAGCUCUCCACUUCCUAACCUUCUCCAUCUCCUUAGCAACCUCUUUAGCCUUCUUGGCUUCUUCCUUCUUAGCGGCGUUGGCUACCUUCUUGGGAGAGGAAGGCGGGGUAGACUUUGCAGGCGAUGUCGGGGGCGUAGACGGUUCGGGAGAAGGGGUACCGGCAACGGAGCUCAUUUCGGAGGAGGACAUGAUAGAGUUCUUGAUGUUAUGUUUCCGACGAGUUGCGGUCUUCUCGAGAAGCAGAACCCCUCUAGAAACCGAUAUCAAUCGGCUCGUCACAUGUUUCUCACGGUUCCAAGGUUCCGCCGUCAUCGUUGUUGUUACGUUUGGUUGUCUUCGCGUGAUUCUUUGCUUUUACGAACGUCCUUUGCUAGUCAACUAACAUGAUCGUCGGAAGCUCGAUUUUCAAGUUUGAAAUCACAAAAGGAUUGACGGAAGU